AUGGCGGCUUUCGGGUUUCAGUUCGAACCCACAGACCUGGAAAUCAUCGUCUUCCUUGUCAAAAGAGUCACAGGAUACGCUGGAGACGACGAUUCUAUCAAGACCGACAAUCUGUACGGCCACAGGGAACCGUGGGAGAUUUUCGGAGACGACGAUCACACAACGAGGCGCUACUUCUACAGCAGUCUCACCAAAAAGACUGCCGGCGGCCACCGUUUCUCCCGUAACGUGGGAAAGGGCACGUGGACCAACAAAGGCCAGGCCACUCCCGUUCUUUCUGUCGACCGACGGGUCAUCAUCGGUUACCGGAGAACUUUCCGGUACCAGACGAAGGCUAUGAGUAAUUCCGACAAGGGUUCGUGGCUGAUGACAGAGUACGUGCUUCCUGAUACCGCCAUCAAGUCCAAUGACAUCAAAGAAGAGUACAAGAAUUUCGCGCUGUGUGUUCUCAAGAAGAAAACCAAGAAGAUUGUUAAGCCACGUGUUGGGAGCGGAUUGGGUGAUUUUGGCGUGGAGGGUUCUUGUUCAUGCGGCGUUGUGGCUUCUCUUUCUGAUUGUGGGGACCAGACGAGUCUAUGUGCGCCCCUGCCACAACCGGGUGAUCACGACAAGCGCCUACGUGUCGAGAGCGAAUUUGUUGAUUUUGGCGAUGUGGGGUAUUCUUCUACAUGUGGUAUUGGUGUCAUGCCACGACCGGGUGAUGAUGUGGAUUUUGGAUGUGUGGGCCCGGAAGAAGUACAGGCAGAUGAGGAUUGGAUACAUGAACUAGAGGAGAGUAUUAUGGAGGAUCAACAUGAUGACGUCAUGAAGGAUGCUGCUGCCGAAUGUCCCGAUCGAGAAGAGGGUGAUUCGAGUCCAGGUGGCGCAUUCCCACUGGCUGAUGAUGUGGUAUUUGGUGAGGUGGGAACAAAAGUACAGACGAGUAAUGAUGAUGAUGAUGAUUUGAUGUAG